AUGGGUUCUCAGGUUACUCCCAUCGUGUCCGGGGAGUACGGUCACCACCACCACCACCACCACCACCACCACCAGCACCGGGACAGGGCGGCGAUGGCGUCCCGGGUCUCUUACACCCAGGUCCGGCUGGAAGCGGAGCUGGAGCGGUACCGGGCCGAGUGCCAGUGGGGCAAGCUGCUGGCGGUGGUCGAGCAGAUGCACGCGGCGCGGAUCCACGAGGACGAUGAUUACGGGACGCUGCUGAUGGCCGAGGCCCUGCUGGAGGAGUGCUUGCUGGAAAACACGGAGCUUUUACGGAGCUGCACACCUUUGAUGGACAAGACCCAGCCAAGACUUUCCAAAGCCAAAGGCUACAUCAACACGAUCCUGAGUCGAGGCCGUCUCGCGCCCAGAUACUUGAACGAGGCCCUGCUGCUGAUGGCCAAGGUGCACUACGUGCAGGGCCGCUACCGGGAUGCUCAGGGAAUGUGCGCACGCUUUGGACUGGAGGAGCUGACGCAGGAUGACCAGCCCACCUACCACCUUCGCCUGGUGGCCGAGGCUUUCGUUAUUAAAGGCCUGUCGUUAGACCACCAGACACUGUCCACCGUGUCUCGCAUUCGUCUUCUAGAGAGAGAGGAGGAGAGUCUGUCCUGUUUCCUCAGGGCUUGCGACGCGGCUCUGUCCUACCUACAGGAGCUCGAUAAGGUAGUAAUGACACCCCAUGCCAAGACAGCCAAAGCCAGCGUCCUGCAUUCACCUAUGGAUUUGGACCUGGGCUACUUCCUGCAGGCGGCCCUGCAAAGCGCUUACCUCUGUCUGCUUCACAGAGGUCAUCUUGCGCAGGGUGCCCACCAGCUGCGCAGAGUCCUCCGGGUGGUGGAGUCUCGGGGGUCUCAGAGCUUCAGGAAGUCUGCAGCCAGGAAGCUAGCACAGGUGCUGCUGAGCUCUGUGAGUGAGGACAGCUACUGGCCCCCACUGGGCCCCCCGCCCUCAGUCUGGCUCCACCGAGAGGGAGCGGCCGCCUCCAAAGACGCCAUAUACCCCACCGUUAAACCACCACAACGUUACAGCACAGACUGUUGCUUCUGUCCACAGGACGUGGUAGAGGAAGCCGUGUUGCUGCUGCUCAUCACGGAGCCCAUGGCCAGCGGCGAAGCGGUGAUCAGUCGCCUGCCAGACCAGGCCGAGGCCCGGCAGUCCAGCCUGCAGGACGCCACCUCCGUUUAUGACCUGCUCACCAUCGGCAUGGCCAGGAGGGGGCAGUACGCCAUGCUGUCUGAGUGUCUGGAGCGAGCCAUGAAGUUCUCAUUCAACGAGUUCCACCUCUGGCACCAGCUGGGCCUGUCACUCAUGGCGGCCGGGAAGUGGGUUGGGGCUGUGUCUGUAUUCAAAGAGUGUGCCAGGAUGAGACCUGAGGACCCCUCAUUGCCCAUGCUGGCUGCUAAAAUCUGCAUUGGUCAUCUUCACUGGCUUAAGGAGGCAGAGGCUCUCUCCAAGAGUGUGGUGUCCAUGGGGGAAGAAGCAGGCGCAUUUCUGCCAAGGGCCUACCUGGCUCUGGGACUCUGCUUCAGUCUUCAGGCCUCUGAAGCUUCUCUGAAAGCAGUUCGGAAUGAAUUCAACAAAAAGGCGUUACAGGCUUUGAACAAAGCCCGUUCAUUAGACUCCUAUGAUGCUCAGAUUUCUAUGUACCUCGCUUUGCAGUUGGCCAUUGUACGCCAGGUGUCAGCAGCCAUGGAACCUCUGCAGGCGGCUUUAUCUCUCCGCGGGGAUGACUUGCACUCCCUCCACCUGCUGACCCUUCUGCUGAGUGCCCAGAAGCAUCACCGUCAUGCCCUGGACACCCUGGGCCUGGCCCUCAGCCAGCACCCCGACAACUUCAAUUUGCUGCUGACAAAGGUCAAGCUGGAGGAGGCCAUGUUUGGCCCCGCCGCGGCCCUGCAGACCUGCGAGGACAUGUUGCAAAGCUGGCAAAGCCGAUACGACGUGAGCCGCUCCAGUGAGACGGAUGACAGCAGCAGUAUACCGAUGGCUGAGAGAACAGAGGUCAGCCCUGGAGGAAGGAAGCCCUCCAUCCACCUCAACCUCCCGGACUUCCAGGACACCUCCACAGCGGCGCUCUCCGAGGUGUCGGACAUCAGCUCCGCCCGCCGCCAGGGACCUACCUACAUCUGGGCCACCCUGGAACGCAUUUGGCUACAGGCUGGGGAGCUGUUCAUGGCGGACGGUCGGCUCAAGGAGGCCCAGUUCUGCAUAGCGGAGGCCAGCUCGCUCUUCCCCAACUCGCACUCGGUGCUGCUGCAGCGGGGCCGCCUGGCCGAGCUCCGGGGCCAGCUGGACGAGGCCAAAGGCCUGUACGACGAGGCUCUGGCCAUCCACCCCACAGGAGAGCGCAUACUGGUGCACAUGGUGAGAGACAGUGGAAGCUUCACAGGCUGUAAAAUUGAAUUAAAACUUACAUAA